ACAUUCCUGAUAUCGAGAAUUUUCUUUGAAUUUUCUCUUGUUAGUUGUUUCUAAAAUAAUUUUCGUAUAUUGUUAGCUUUAAAGUUCUUUUACAUAGUUGACAUACAAGUGCUUAAUAAUAAAUGCUGCAGAGAUAUGUCUGGACAAAUUGUAAUACGCGUAGAAUCUCCAGAUGGAACCAAAAGAGUGCAAGUAUCUCCUACAGAAACAAACUAUGAUUUAUUUGAAAAGGUUCAUAAUAUGUUUUCUCUUACAAACUAUGGUUUCACAUUAUUUGUUGAUCGUGCUCGUAAAAAUGAAAUUAAAUCAUCUAGGAGUAUAUAUUUAAGCAGUUUAAACCUGAAGCAUGGAGAUAAGAUAUACUUAUGUCAAUUAGAUCCUGAUAAUAUUUGGGCUAUUCCUGGCUCUUCAAAUGCAGAUUUUGCUAAUGGGAGUCGCUCAUCAUCAGUUGUAUCUACACCAGGAUCCAGUACAUCAUUACCAUUAAAUGAAAAGAAAAGCUCAGGAUUAACCAGUCAAGUAGAUGAAGAUGAAGUAGAUAAAAUGUUGUGGAAACUUGAUGGAAAAAUUAAACGACUUAAAGACAAAAAAUAUUGCCGCCAUGGAGAUAAUGGAUGUUGUGUUCACUGUUCACCUUUAGAACCCUAUGAUGAAGAAUAUUUAAAAACACAAAAUAUGAAGCAUUUAUCAUUUCAUUCAUAUCUAAGAAAAAUGACUGCUGGAAUGGCAAAAGGGAAAUUUUUACUGUUAGAAAACAUAAGUUGCCGUAUUAAAGAAGGUUGUUCUGGUCAUUUGCCAUGGCCUAAAGGUAUAUGUUCAAAAUGUCAACCAUCAGCCAUAACACUAAAUAGACAGACUUAUAGGCAUGUUGAUAAUGUUAUGUUUGAAAACUCUGAAUUGGUUGAACGUUUCUUGGACUAUUGGAGAAUUACAGGACACCAACGUAUUGGAUUUUUGUAUGGGCGAUAUGAGAUACAUCCAGACAUACCGCUUGGUAUAAGAGCUGUAGUUGCAGCAAUUUAUGAACCUCCUCAAGAAAGUUCAAGAGAUCAUGUUAAAUUACUACCUGAUGAAAAACAAGAAUUAGUUAAUGAAAUGGCCAAAUGCUUAGGGCUUACUUGUGUUGGUUGGAUUUUUACUGAUCUUCUAACUGAAGACAUGCAAAAUGGAACUGUAAAAUAUGUUAGAAAUAUAAAAAGUCAUUUUCUAUCAGCUCAAGAAUGUAUAAUGGCUGGAUACUUUCAAAACCUACAUCCAAAUCCAUGCCGUUAUGCAUCAAAUGGAUAUUUUGGCUCAAAAUUUAUUACUGUCUGUGUUACGGGAGAUGAAAAAAGUCAAGUACACAUGGAAGGAUAUAGUGUGUCCAAUCAAUGUAUGGCAUUAGUUAAAGAUAAUUGUUUGGUACCAACUAAAGAUGUACCUGAGUUGGGUUUUGUACGAGAAUCUUCUGAUAAACAGUAUGUGCCUGAUGUAUAUUAUAAGGAAAAAGACAACUAUGGCAACGAAGUUUCUAAAUUAGCCCGUCCACUACCUGUGGAAUACUUGUUACUAGAUGUACCGGCUUCCACACCUUUAACUCCAUUGAACACGUUCACAUCAAUCCCAGGGAUUACAAAAUUUCCUGUUGGUAACAGAUUAAUUGAUGGACAUAUUCAAGAUUUUGAUUCAUUGUCCAGAUAUCUUAGACAGUUUACUCCUUCACAAUUUCGUGAAUCCAUUGCUGAUUUCCAUGUACUGUUAUAUAUUGCUACAAUGGAAAUGCUUCCAAUGAAAGAUUCAAUGGGUCCUCUUUUAGAAGCACUAAGAAUUAAUGAUACACAAGCAUUGAUCGAAUGGUCUAGAUCAGAUGUAUGGGCCACGUUGGAGCAACUUAUCAGCAAUUCUUCUGAUUCUGCUGUAUCAGGUCAUGUAGGAAAUGGUUUUGCAUCUGCUCAUGCAGAAUCAUGGACAUGUAUUCAUUGCACUUUCCUGAAUAAUUCUGAUCGACAGUCAUGUGAUAUAUGCAGACUACCGAGGGAUAUUAUAAACUAAGUGCGUUUCAUUAAGCAUGUAUUUCCUUCACAGUGAAGAUUAUUAAAUACAUAUUAUAUAUAUAUAUAUAUUUUAUAUAUAUAUUUUUUGUAUGCAUUGUUUAUUAUUGAAAAAAGAACUAAAUAACACAGAUAAUAUUGUGUAAUGAACUUUUAUUUUGUUUUUAGAUCAUAUAAAUGUAUGUACAUAAAAAUAUUUUUAAAAAAGGUGAAUUAUCCCAAAACAAACGAGAUUUCCA